GGGUUAUAAUGGUCAAUACACAUUUACAACGAAUCUCUCUGGAAAUACCGCCACCAUCCAUUUCAAAAAAAUUCAAAAAACUCAAACCCUUUUCUCUCUCUCUCUCUCUCAUCUUUCUCUCACUACAAACGCUCCAAAUUGCUUUCAUUUUCUCUCUCUAGCCGGAUCUCCAUAUCCGUUACCACCAGUCAACCUGCAAAUUUCAUCAAAAUUACCAAUGCACUCUACAAUGGAGAAGUGGGCAUAAUACUUCUUGGUUCAAUUUCAUUCUCCAAAAGAGAGGAAGAACACUGUGCCCCCUUUUUCAAUAUUAGGGUUUACCAGAAAGAAUUUCCCCCCAAUUCCCCUGUAUGUAAUCACUAAUCAGUGAUUCAUCACUCCCAAUCAUCUCUUUUUCGUUCACUGUUGUUUGCUGAUCGCUGCGAUUCAAAGCAACGGUACUAUUUUUUUGUGGCUUUGCUUUCAUUGCAAUAAACCUCCGGUCCCACUAACAAAGUUUGAAAUCGUCUCCUCUCUCUCUCUCAUACUUCUCACUCUCUCUCUUCAGCCCACAUUCACCGCUCUUCAUUCGUAUGGCUUCCAAGAACCAGAACAAGGCUCCUUCGAGUCCACAAAGCAAGUACAGCGUUGAUGAGGUUUCUGUAGAUAAAAGAAGGAGGAUUGGAAACGCAAAGAUGCCACCCUACGGUGGCACAAGGAUGCAGACACGUCAAGCAUUUUCCGUCGUAAAUGGGGGCCAAGAUCUGCCCCCUACUACUGCACCACCAAGCCAUUCUGGUUCUGAAGGUGGCAUAGUUGAGUUCAGUAAAGAGGAUAUCGAUGCAUUACUCAAUGAGAAGUUGAGAAUUAAGAACAAGUUUAACUUUAAGGAUAAAAGUGAGCUAAUGGGGGAUUACAUAAAAAGGCUUAAGCAAUGUAUUAAGUGGUUUCAACAGCUUGAAGGAAAUUAUGUUUCAGAGCAGGAGAAACUAAAGAAUUUAUUAGACGCGGUGGAAAAGAAAUGCAAUGAUAUGGAGUCGAUGAUGAAGGCUAAGGAAGAUGAGUUGAAUUCAAUUAUUAUGGAGUUGAGGAAACAUUUGGAGGCAUUGCAAGAAAAGUUUGCAAAGGAGGAAGCGGAUAAAUUGGAAGCAUUGGAUUCUUUGGGUAGAGAGAAAGACUCUAGACUUGAAGCGGAGAGAUUGCAAGCUUCCCUAUCAGAAGAGCUGAAGCGAACUCAACAAGACAAUGCCACUGCCAAUCAAAAGAUACAGUCUUUUAAUGAUAUGCACAAGCGUUCACAGGAGUACACCAUAAGUUUGCAGCAGUACAAUAGCAGACUUCAAUCAGAACUUCAUGCGACAAAUGACACACUUAAGCGAGUUGAGAAAGAAAAGGCAGCUGUGGUGGAAAACUUAAGCACUUUGAGGGGGCACUAUACUUCUCUGCAGGAACAGCUUACUUCAUCACGAGAAACACAAGCUGAGGUGAUCAAGCAGAAGGAAGCUCUAGGUAGUGAAGUUACAUGCUUGAGAGGUGAUUUACAACAAGUAAGAGAUGAUCGUGAUCGACGAUUGUUACAAGUCCAGGCUUUGUCAGAUGAAGUAGAAAAAUACAAGGAAUGUACUGGAAAAUCCAUCGCAGAGUUAGAAAGCCUGACUUCUAAAACAAAUAACCUGGAGUCAACAUGCUCGUCCCAAAGUGAGCAAAUAAGACGAUUGCAGGAGCAGCUUGCCUUUGCAGAACAGAAAUUACAGAAGUCCAAUAUAUCAAUAAUGACAACAAGAUCUGAAUUUGAGGAGCAACAGGCAAUGAUUCGUGAAUUAAAGAAUCGUCUGACUGAUGCAGAUUCAAAAAUUCUAGAAGGAGAGAAACUUCGCAAACAAUUGCAUAAUACCAUCCUGGAGUUGAAAGGCAAUAUCCGUGUAUUUUGUAGAGUGAGACCACUGUUGUCUGAUGAUGGAGUUGGAAAUGAUGCAAAAGUUGUUUCAUUCCCAACAUCAAUGGAAAUGCUGGGCCGAGGCAUUGAUUUAGCACAAAAUGGGCAAAAGCACUCUUUCACGUACGACAAAGUGUUUAUGCCCGACGACUCUCAACAAGAUGUGUUUGUGAGAUGCUCGCAGCUUGUUCAGAGUGCUCUGGAUGGUAGAAUUAUAUAUAUGUGGGAGGGAGGAAGAGAGAAAAUCUAUUCACUACGCCACUACAAGUUCUUUAGCAAACAGUUUUUUAAGUCUUUUUAUCCAAUUUUGUUUUUUGUGUAUUUUUUACAGACUAAAAGUAAUCAGCUUUGUUUCUUUAGGUCUGUAGGGAAGACUCAAAUGAACGAGCAGUCUUCUCGAAGCCAUUGUUUCACUUUGAGGAUCCUCGGUAUCAACGAGAGCACUGAUCAACAAGUUCAAGGCGUGCUAAAUUUAAUCGACCUUGCGGGUAGUGAGCGUCUUUCCAAGAGUGGGUCAACCGGCGAUCGGCUGAAAGAAACUCAGGCCAUCAACAAAAGUUUGUCGUCAUUGAGUGAUGUCAUAUUUGCUUUGGCGAAGAAAGACGAGCACAUACCAUUUAGAAACUCCAAGCUAACGUAUCUUCUUCAGCCUUGCUUAGGCGGGGAUUCAAAGACAUUGAUGUUUGUCAAUGUAUCACCGGACCCUUCAUCAGUCGGUGAAUCACUUUGUUCACUGCGAUUUGCAGCGAGGGUCAAUGCAUGUGAAAUUGGAGUUCCGAGGCGUCAAACCAAUCUAAGAACAACCGAUUCUCGUCUGAGCAUUGGCUAAGUUUCUUCCUAAUUUAGUUCUUGUUUUUUUUAGGAAAGUGUGUUGCUUUGUAUUUCCUUGUGGCAUUUGAUUUCGAAACGAUGUAACGGAAAAAAAAGGCACGUCUUUUGAUCUAACCACCCCCCACACUUAUUUUGCUUGUAAUUUGCUGCUGCAUAGUUGAAGAUAAUCAUGGCUUUGUAUCAUUAUAUUCUAACAGAUGGCUUCUGUGCCCUUUUGCCAUUGAUGUAUGGUAUUUAUCAAGAUUUCUUAUUUUCUUUUU